AUGCUGCUUGUCCAGCUUUAUGUUCCUACCGAAGUGUCUCGGGAUAUUAUUCAUCAAAUUGGACAACUCAAUCUCGUUCAGUUUCGGGACUUGAAUGCGAAAGUCAAUGAAUUCCAAAGAACUUUCGUCAAAGAGCUUCGAAAACUCGACAACAUUGAGAGACAGUACACUUUUUUUAAAGCUCAAUUGGACCGUAAGGGUAUCGAAGUAAGCAGCGACCCAUAUGCCGUUGAAUCGACAGAGAUUCCUCCCCAGUCGGAGAUCGACGAGCACGCAGAAAAUGCUCAACUCUUGGAGGACAGAGUUAGCCAAUUGACCGAGUCUGCUGGUGUUUUGUACGACCGCCAACGGGAAUUGAAGGAGAAAAAAUGGACGAUUCAUGCGGUUGACAACUUCUUCAAGUCUUCUGUAGGGGCCCCUUCUUCGGGUCAAGACGAGACAGAGGCACUUCUUUCGGCGUUGGAAGAGGGUGGUGGAGCCACUGCUGCCAAUGGUUCUCGUGGUGACUCGAGUUUCAUUUCCGGUAUUAUUCCUCGUUCCAAAGCCAUUACGUUGCAGCAGAUUCUUUGGCGUGUAUUGAGAGGAAAUCUCUAUUACUACUCGGAGGAAAUCUCCCAGCCAAUUUACGACUACAAGUCCGACACCUCAGUUGACAAAAAUGCUUUUAUCAUUUUUGCUCAUGGUUCGUUGAUUCAACAAAGAGUGCGCAAAAUCGCCGAAUCGUUGGAUGCCGACUUGUUUGACGUGGAUAUUACCCCGGAUUUGAGACGUGAACAACUUAAAGAAGUCGACGAAAAACUUGCAGAUAUGUCCACGGUUGUGGCCCAAACUGAGCACGCUUUAAGUUCUGAGCUCAUCGCUAUUUCCAGAGACUUGGCUAAAUGGUGGGAAGUGAUUGCUCGUGAAAAAGCCGUUUACUACACCAUGAACAAGUGCGAUUACGAUGCUCUGAGAAAACUGUUGAUUGCCGAAGGUUGGGUUCCAAAAGACGAAAUCGAAACCCUCCAGAAAACCGUUCGCAGCGACUCAAACUUUCCCACCAUUGUCAACUUGUUGGAAACCUCCAAAAUGCCUCCUACAUUCCACAGGACUAACAAGUUUACCGGCGCAUUCCAGAGCAUUUGUGAUGCAUACGGCAUAGCUACCUACCGUGAAGUUAACCCCGGAUUGCCCACUAUUAUCACUUUCCCCUUUAUGUUUGCAAUCAUGUUUGGUGAUUUGGGACAUGGUUUUAUUUUGGCAUUGGCAGCGCUGCUUCUCGUUUUGAACGAGAAAAAAUUGGGGAUGAUGAAAAAGGACGAAAUCUUUGAUAUGGCUUACAGUGGUCGGUACAUUCUUUUGUUGAUGGGUGUCUUUUCCAUGUACACCGGUUUCUUGUACAACGAUGUCUUUUCCAAGACCAUGACGGUGUUCAAGUCAGGAUGGGAAUGGCCAGAAAAUUUCAAAAUAGGUGAAACAAUUAGAGCUACUCAGGUAGGAACCUAUGCAUUCGGUUUAGACCCUGCUUGGCAUGGAACUGAAAAUGCACUUUUGUUUUCCAACUCCUACAAAAUGAAACUCUCCAUUUUGAUGGGGUAUAUCCAUAUGACAUACUCGUACAUGUUCUCCUUGGUGAACUAUGUCCACUUCAACAGCAUGGUGGAUAUCAUCGGAAACUUUGUGCCAGGUCUUCUCUUCAUGCAAGGUAUCUUUGGUUACUUGUCGUUGUGUAUUGUCUACAAGUGGUCUGUCGAUUGGUUUGCAAUUCAACAACAGCCUCCAGGACUUCUUAAUAUGUUGAUUUCAAUGUUUUUGUCUCCUGGAACCGUCGCAGAGCCAUUGUAUAGUGGCCAAAGUGGAGUUCAAGUCUUCCUUUUGUUGAUGGCUUUGGUAUGUGUUCCAUGGUUAUUGUUGUUCAAGCCUCUUUACUUGAAACGUCAAAUGGACAAAGAAGGCUAUCACGCUGUGGAAAAUGGAGCCGAAGAACAUGGUGACGACGAUGAAGAGGGCGAAGAUGGACACAACUUUGGUGACAUUAUGAUCCACCAGGUGAUUCACACCAUCGAAUUCUGCUUAAACUGUGUUUCUCACACGGCCUCUUACCUUAGAUUGUGGGCCUUAUCGUUGGCCCAUGCCCAGCUCUCGACUGUGUUGUGGUCCAUGACCAUCCAGAACUCGUUUGGAAUGACUGGAUUUGUUGGCGUAUUCAUGACAGUGAUUUUAUUUGGUAUGUGGUUCAUCUUGACGGUGGUGAUUUUGGUGGUUAUGGAAGGUACUUCUGCCAUGUUGCACUCUCUCAGAUUGCACUGGGUGGAAUCUAUGUCCAAGUUCUUCGAGGGUGAAGGUACCUUAUACCAGCCAUUUGGCUUUACCGACUUGUUGGUCAAUGUUCUCUAG